AUGAAGAUUAUACUAACGUUGGCCGGGGUCUUGGCCCUUGCUGUCUCCACGCCGACUCCUGCCCAAUCCAAGGUGGUCUGCUACUAUGACAGCAAGAGCUAUGUACGAGAAUCUCAAGCACGUAUGCUGCCAUUGGACCUGGAUCCAGCGCUGUCCUUCUGCACACACCUUGUGUAUGGAUAUGCCGGAAUCCAGCCUGACACUUACAAGAUGGUGCCACUGAACGAAAAUCUGGAUGUAGACCGCUCCCAUGCGAACUAUCGCGCUAUCACGAACUUCAAAAGCAAAUACCCCGGACUCAAAGUUCUCCUCUCAGUUGGAGGGGAUGCUGAUCUGGAAGAGGAGCAGAAAUACAAUCUUCUGUUGGAAUCGCCACAAGCAAGAACUGCUUUUGUCAACUCGGGUAUGUUGUUAGCUGAACAACACGGCUUCGAUGGUAUCGAUCUUGCCUGGCAAUUCGCCCGUAUCAAGCCGAAGAAAGUUAGAUCUACAUGGGGUUCCAUUUGGCACGGCAUCAAAAAAACCUUCGGCACCACUCUCGUGGAUGAGAAAGAGGCAGAACACCGCGAAGGUUACACUGCUUUAGUAAGAGAAAUGAAACAAGCUAUGAGUCUCAAGCAAAUGCAGCUAUCAAUCUCUGUGCUACCUAAUGUCAAUUCUACAAUUUACUAUGAUGUCCCCGCCAUCAUUAACUUGGUAGAUAUUGUAAAUCUACACGCUUUUGAUUACUACACAGCAGCUAGAAAUCCUAAAGAAGCUGACUACAGCGCACCUACAUACAAGCCUCAAAACCGUAAUGACCUCCUCAAUGUGGACGCUGCCAUUUCCUACUGGUUAACAGCCGGUGCGCCCAGUUCCAAGAUCGUCAUAGGAAUCGCCACCUAUGCCCGAACAUGGAAACUCGACUCCGACAGUGAGAUAAGUGGCGUGCCACCGCUUCACACCGACGGCCCCGGAGAAGCAGGUCCUUACACAAAAACUGAAGGUCUUCUCAGCUAUCCUGAAGUGUGCGCUAAGUUGAUAAAUCCCAACCACCAAAAGGGGAUGAGACCUCAUUUAAGGAAGGUCACGGAUCCAAGCAAACGUUUCGGAACUUACGCUUUCCGUCUUCCUGACGACAACGGUGAUCCAGGUUUGUGGGUGAGCUACGAAGACCCAGACACAGCUGGACAGAAGGCCAGCUACGUUAAGUCAAAGAACUUGGGCGGUGUUUCCAUUGUCGACCUCUCAAUGGAUGACUUCCGCGGCUUGUGCACCGGUGACAAAUACCCGAUCCUUCGGGCUGCAAAAUACCGACUGUAA